GGAAGCGGAAGUAGCGGGAACAGCCGCCGAGGCCGGCUGGCACCCGGAAGCGCCCGGGUUGAUGGCGGCUGGUCGGAGUUUGAGCCGCUCCGAACGGAAAGCGGCGGCUCGGGCCGAGUUCCUCCGACAGGAAGAACAGCGGGAGCGGCGCAGACAGGUGUCGCAAAUUCUCCAUAAGCCAGCCGCAGAAAGGAGCGCUGAUGAGACUCUCUUUCUAUCUGAGUGUCAAGAGAUCGUACGAGAUCUGGAACGGCUUCGCAAGAAACGUGAGCGAUUGCAACACCGGCUGGAGGAAAUUUGUGAUGAACCUGAAGAGUUGAAAAGAAAAGUCAGCAAGCUCGCCCAAGUUGUACGUGGAGCUAAACAUCUCAUCAUAUAUACAGGAGCUGGCAUCAGUACAGCAGCAUCAAUUCCUGACUACAGAGGCCCAAAUGGGGUGUGGACUAUGCUGCAAAAAGGAAGGAGUAUCAGGGCUACAGAUCUGAGUGAGGCAGAACCUACACUCACCCACAUGAGCAUUGCCUGCUUGCACAAACACAAACUGGUGAAGCAUGUGGUGUCACAAAAUUGUGAUGGUCUCCACUUGCGCAGUGGGCUCCCACGGGAAGCCCUGUCCGAGCUGCAUGGAAACAUGUACAUGGAGGUUUGCAUAUCCUGUACACCCAACCGUGAAUAUGUAAGAGUGUUUGAUGUGACAGAGCGUACAGCUUUGCAUAGGCACCAUACUGGCAGAGUAUGCCACAAAUGUGGGGAACAACUAAGAGAUACUAUUGUACACUUUGGAGAGAAGGGAAUCUUGCAGCAGCCCUUGAACUGGAAGGCAGCCACAGAAGCUGCAAGCAAAGCUGAUGUGAUCCUUUGUUUGGGGUCUAGCCUGAAGGUUUUGAAAAAGUACCCUCAUUUGUGGUGCAUGAACAAGCCACCCAGGCACCGCCCUAAACUCUACAUUGUAAAUCUCCAGUGGACACCAAAGGAUGACUUAGCUGUCCUGAAACUCCAUGGGAAAUGUGAUGAUGUGAUGAAGUUGCUGAUGGAGGAACUAGAACUUCCCAUCCCUUCAUAUGACAGGUCAAAGGAUCCCAUAUUCUCCUUGGCCGUCCCUCUGCGAUCUGAGGAAGAAAGCAGCCAUAGCCGGAAGCCUGUGGCCCUAGCAGCAAGCCUCAAUGAAGUGCCACUGGGAGAGCAGCAGCAGCAGCAGCAGGAGACACCUGCCGGCCCACUCUCUGGAGGCUGGUUUGGCAGAGGCUGUGCAAAAGGCACCAAAAGGAAAAAACUGUCUUGAUCAUGGACAUUUUUUUAACCUCGGGGACCAACUGAAGUUACUAAAAUCAGGACAGAAAAUGACAUCUGCACUGAAAUUGGCCAGAAUUGCUGGGCUAACUGGAAAAACCACAGCUGCUAUUUUCAUAGAGGUUUUAUAUAAUUAGCCUUUAAACAAACAGAGGCCAAAGCUUAGCUUGGUUUCUACUUUCUGAUUGAUAGGCUGGCAUUUGAUACUCAGGGAUGCCAAUUCAUAAUAAUUAUUAAAAAAAAUAUAGAGCAAUAAAA